AUGUCUAAUAAUAAUAUUAAUAGUAAUAAUAAUAACACCCAUACCAAUACCAGUAGUAAUACUUACCAUCAUCACCACCGCAAGGGCGAAAGCAGCAGCAGCAGCAGACCCCUCUACAAUGACUCCUUUGACCAGCCUAUCGAGCCAUUCGAGUGCGACGUAUCCGCCAUCCUCCCCAACGAUGAUAUGUCCAAUACCUCGCUCCUCUCCGGGACCGAGGACAUGCAGGACUACUCCAUCGACUCUGUAUCCUUCCAGGAACCAUCCAUGCGUCAGCAGCAACUACAGCAACACCUGCAGCUGGAACAGCAACAGCAGCAACAGGAGCAACAAGAGCAGCAGCAACAGCCAAUUCAUCAUGCACGACAACAACAGCAACAACAGCGAUUCGAUUCUUAUGACCUGGAACACCAGGACGACCUGGGGUCAAGGUAUCUGGAGGUCGAGAACGCAUGGUACCCAGCAAUGGAGGCUGAUGCAGAGUAUCUGAACGAGGAAGAACGACAGCUCAUAUACGAACACGAACUCGCUCAGCUACAACAGCAACAAGAAGAAUUCCGGCAACAGCUACAGCAGGAGAAAGAACAAGAGCAGCGGAUACAGCAGCAGUACCAGAACCCCCGCGGUACAAACAACAGUUCCUAUUCGUCUCAGCAUUACCACGACGACGAACCUAUAGGCGGCCACGCCCGUCUGUCUACCAUUGCAGAGCUAUCAGAACUACCUUCCCUCAACAUCACCCAUAACCGCCACCAGUCUCAUCGCAACACCCCACCUCAAUCAGGCCAGCAGCUCAUCUCGCGCGAUCUCGUACUCGAAGAUCUCUUUGUCGAGGGUGAGGACGACAAUAGGGACGAGGAAAUUCGGCGGGAGCAUCUCAUAGCGAAUCUCAAACCAACAGACAUCCUCGGGCCCUUACACGAGACACACGACUUCAAGAUCUCGUCCAUCACCGGCACAGGAUCACAAUGGGAGCGACAGGAGCCUCAUCAGUAUGACGAUGAACAUGAAGGGAGUUUGAUCAGGGAGGAGGGCGAAUCCGAUCUGUCGUCAACAGCCCUGGCAUUGAAGCGCGAGUACGAGGCAUUGUUUGGACCCAGGGGAGCCAUCGAUAGCGAGCGUUCUGGCAGCGAUGUCACUGGCCUGAUGGGAUACCAGGACUCUGGAGACCUCUACCAGGAAGACGAGGAGGAUGAAGACGGAGGAGAUGACUUUUUCGACGACGAGGACGAAGAGGCCGACGAGGAGGAGGAGCAGUUCUAUGCGAUGCUGGACCUGAAUGGCGGCAACGGCAUGAUCUUGGGGAACAACAUCCCAAGGAAACCACGCGUGCUUGCUCCUCCGCCUGGCUCCAGGUUGCCUGUGCCAGGCUCGGCCAUCAAACAAAAGGUACCCCUGGCUCUGCAAUCCAACAUUGUCACCCGAUUGCCAACACCAAAGUCGAGUCCUAGUAUUCCAGCGCCCGCUUCACCUCCUCCGCCGGCCCAGCCUGAACGACAGCAACUUAUAGCACCGUCGACGCCGAAAGCACACGCACCGGCGACAGGUCUUCGCAUGCCACAAGUCGCUGCCAAGCGAGGGAGCCCAAUACCUAGUGCAGCACAGGCUUCGAUAUCCAAACCGACAAAGCCAUCUGGCAGCAUCCUAGAUGGGCUUUAUAACGAGCCAGAGUAUGAUUCACAGCCAGAGGAGAGUCCAGGGGCUAUCUUUGCGGCCAAGAUUGCCAAAGAGCUCAUGAGGGAGAAACAGUUGAGUCAACUUGGUGCACAGGCACCUAGAGCUUCGAUGUUGAAGCCCCCCACUAAGGUGCCAACGAGGACUAUGCCCGACAAUGACAUUGACGUGUUGACUCAGAUGCUUAAGGUCGAAAAUGCGCCCACAACGUCUGUGGAUGGCGCUGCUACACCGGUUUCUGGAAUUUCUCGGAUUAGUUCGAUAGCCCCCUCAGCAGCACGAUCGUCCACUAUGCCGACAAGGCCGAAUGUUCAACCGACAUCUGCACGAUCCAUAGCCCCAGUGGCUGCAGCUAACACCAACGUAGCCCGUUCUUCGACUCUUCCAGCUUCGAGACUGGCACACAAGUCUUUGCUGCCCACUGGUGUGCCAUCGGCAACAAGUUCUACAGCCAGCUCUCCUUCGAUACCGACUGAUGGAAGGGACUCUGCGGGAUACAGGACCAGCACGCCAACUCGGAGUUUGAGCACAGCUGCGUCGAAAGUCCGACCGACGAGCGUUUACACUACUGCUGUUGAACGCUCGCCGGUUGUUUCUAGGACGGCGAGCCCUAUCGGCACUGCACGUCCUAAUGGCCUUCGCAGUUCCGUGUAUGAGCAGGUCGGCCGGGAUAUAUCCUCUGAGGAGCUGCUUCGACACUCAGUACACUCGGUCAACAGGGGCUCUGUCCGUGGCAAGACGCCUGUCAGGGAGGGGACAUCGAGUCCAAAGGAAAGAGCAGGGGAGCUUGUGCGCCGCUCAUCCCACGACAGGAAAAAGCAACUUCAGCGCGAGCUGGAGGAGAUCGAGGCAGAAGAAGCAGAGCAGGAGAGGAGAGCUGCAGAGGAUGCACUCGCCGAGCAGGAGCGACGUUCAAUUACGCCACGCAAACUGACCGUCCGCACAUCUGAGCCCCGUGAAUCCCGUGAGUCCAAGAAGUCUAAUGAGCAACAAGGACACCGUCGAUCGAGCGAGAGAGAACGGGAGCGGGAGCGGGAACGUGAAUGGGAACGCGAACGUGAACGAGAGCGAGAGCGUGAGCGGGACUCUAGUGCGCCAACAUCACCUCUUUCACCUCGCUCACCGCGAUCUUCAGGCGUCAGCUCGAAGCGCUCUUCGUUGUACGGGGCUCAUGGAGACCGCCUUGUGCCAACACUGGAAGAGUCGUGCAAGCAGCUCGCAAAGAUUCGACAGGAUAUUGUGGAGCUUCGAGAGGAGAUUCAUCAGGACCAACCUGGAUCAACAUUUACGUCUCCACUGGGGGCCUCGGCACGGAUGUCGACUUCUAAGCGGCCAGUAGGUCGGGAACGUGGCGAGACAUCGAGACGCAAUUCAUUAGAAGGGAAAUACAGAGGUGAUUCCAGACCGCAGCAUGGAAAGGGCGACUCUUUUGAUAGCAAUGAUGGCAGCGGUCCAGACAACAGGCUGUCGCCACCACCUUCCCGAAGACGAUUCUUUGGCGAUAUUCUGGGCAAGCUGAACCGGAACGUGAUGCAUUCGUCGACCACAGAUGCUGGAUUGAGCUCGAGUCAGCACAAGACAUCAUCAUCCGCCAACAGGAAGGGACAGGCACCGAACGCGGCGUCGCAUCCGCCUAAGCCUAGUCGCUCGCUUGAACCCGAACCCAGCCAUCACCGGACGCUGUCGUACGCAUCUGGCCGCGCAUCUCUGCAUCGCCAACAGUCUCAACCUCUUUCGCCAAUGUCACAAAAGUACAGCGGGUACGAAGAUCGCCAUCACAGUGGAAGCAGCGGACAGAGUGAGGAGUUCUCGGACGAGCUUGCGUAUGAUCAAAAGUAUCCAUACCCUACUCAGGUUCAUGGGAACUACCAUCAUCACGGUCGACAGCAGCAUCAACAGCAGCAGCAGCAACAACAACAUCCGCGGUACUACCAGCAGGAGCAGCCUCAGCAACAACAGCAACAGCAACAGCAGCAACAGCUUGGUUCGAAUCAGUACGCCCAUCAUUUCCGACAGGCGCACGAUGGGAGUUUGAUUCUGUCUGAACGUCCACCAUCGAGGGAUGGCAGCGACAGUAGCUGUCCAGCACAGAUUCGACCGAAGGAGUUGAGGUUCUCGGCCAGUGUCGCGGGCGAGGUGCAGUCGUUUGUGACGCUGUUCAAUCGAUCGCGGCGCAAGAUGCAUUUCGAGAUCCUGCGGCCAGCGGGGAUCACGGUGACACCGAGCUUUGGAGUGAUUCAACCGGGACGGGAUCAGCGACUGACGAUCCAUCUGGUGGAAACGCGUGGACCGGGCAGGGUUGUUGUGGAGUUGGAUGGGGAGUGGUUAGUCCCGUUCGGGGUUUCGUUUGAGUAG